AUGUUAAAAGUGGUAGAGCGAGAAUCGCUGAUUGCUAGUGAAGGUGAAGAUGAUAAUUUGGUUGAAAGACCCUUGUGCUCAGUCCCUGGUGCAUUACAACAAAAUUCCAAUAAUGGUAAUGAGUGGACAGAAGCAUUUGAUGAAUUAAUUAGAAGUCCUGAAGGGCGCAGGCAGUUUACAAAAUUCUUGAGAAGUGAAUACAGUGAAGAAAAUAUUGUGUUCUGGUGGGCUGUCGAGGAGCUGCAUGAAAUAGGUCGAAAUGGUGGGGAAUUAGUGAAUGCAGUGCAAGAUAUUUAUAAUACUUUUGUAGCUGCAGAUUCAUCACUAGCUAUUAAUAUUGAUCACGACACGAGAGCUGACAUAACCGAACGGAUUGAACAUCAAGACAAGGCUAAUUAUACCGAAGAUGUAUUUGAUAAAGCACAAUCACAUGUAUAUAGGUAUAAUUAA